GGGAGCGUGUACAAAGAACAAAUGAAUAUGCCGAACGUCUCUUCUAGUAAUCAGGAAAUGGAGAAGUCAUCGGGAUAUGAUUACGAAGCAUUUUUGAGCUUUAGAAGACCAGAUACCCGUAGGGACAUUACUGAUUACCUUUACACCAGCAUGACUGAUGCUAGAAUUCGGAUAUAUAGAGACGAUGAAGAGCUCCGCAUCGGGGAGGAGAUCGGUAAUGAGCUUCUCCAAGCGAUUGAGCAGUCAAAGAUCUCAAUACCAAUCUUUUCUUAAGGAUAUGCUGAUAGUACAUGGUGCCUUAGGGAGUUGGUCAAGAUGUUGGAGAGCAAGAACACAAGGAGACAUAAGAUCAUGCCCGUUUUCUAUGAUGUCACACCAUCCGAGGUAAAAAACCAGACUGAGCGCUAUGGCAAGGCCAUUGUUUCUCAUGCAAACAAGAAGCAGUUUGAUGAUGAGACUAUCUGCAAGUGGAAGGCCGCUCUCAAUGAGGUUGGAGCACUAAAGGGAUGGGACCUCCAAAGUAUGCCAUACAGAGGCAAAGGUGAAUUUGUAAAAGAAGUUGUCAAUAAAGUUUUGACUGAGUUGAAAACCACCUACUGGGAAGUAUCCGAUUGCUUAGUCGAAAUAGACAAUCAUGUAACAGUCUGA